UCACCUCGCGAGCCCGUGGGAAGGAGAAAUGUAUUUAGAAAUAGCCUUGCAAGAGAAAAGGCGGUUCUACAAAGUAGAGGAUCACCCACAGAUUGCUUUGACUCUACGAAGUCUUGGAAAUGUAUUGAACGAACUGGGAAUACAUACUAAAGCUAUUAACUUCAUCCAAAGAGCCCUGAAGAUUUAUGUCGGUAAAGAAAACUUCAAACAGGAAUAUGGUUACACCCUGAGUGCAUUGGGAUCUUCGUACCGCUACCUCGGUCAGUAUGCUGAAGCAGAAGACUACUUAAAGAUGGCUCUCAAAAUCUUUGAAUCCGUUGAAUCACCAAGCGAACUAAGGAUUGGCGCGACACUCAGCCGUUUGGCCUCUGUGCAAAGAAAUAUGGACAAAUUAGAUGAAAGCAUUGCUUCCUUGGACAUGGCACUUAAAAAGUUUGGAUACAACGACAUAUACAGUGCUGUUAUUUUAUCAAAGCUGAGCGUGGUGUACCGCUACAAGGCGGAUUUUAAAAGAAGUCUCCAGUUUGCGUUGAAAGCUAAAAAAAUUGCAGAUGACCAAUAUGGCACAAAAAGUCAUCCCGCUAGAGCUACAGCAUUGUUAAAUCUUGGACAUGCGUUGAGUGAUGUGGGAGAUGUAGACGAUGCAGUGAGAAGUCUUACAGAGGCCUUAGAUAUCAACAAGAAAAUCCAUGGCAGUAUCCAUCGCAUUGUGGCCGCCAACUACAACUAUUUAUCUUAUGGCUACCUACAGAUGGGAAUGGUUCAACAAGCCAAGAAAGAGCUACAAAACGCUAUAAAGGUCAUGCACCAUUACUCUCGCUCUCACCCAGAGAGAGCUAAUUCUCUAAAGAGGCUAAGCAAGGUCUACCUAAUCCUCGGGGAAACCGUCAAAAGCGCAGAUUUAGCUGACCGUGCUCUCCAAAUCUACAAACAAACGCAUGGAGAUACCAUGGAACAUAGAGAGGUGCGGAGGGGUGCAGUUCGGGUGGCUUACGCUUGCUCUAAGCUUGGUUUGUCUGACAUGGCUGAAGAAUAUCUCAUAGAGGUAGAACUUGGUUUUCCCAUGGGCCAAGAAAUUAGAUCCCACCCCGAAUUUGCCGCACUUCUCCGGAAGAAAACCGAAAUUACUUUAGAUAGCUUCGAAUUCAACUGGCCUUUGAACGAGGUGAGCGUCCAAGAAAUAAUUUCACGGGCAAACAAGGAUUUACUCCAAGCAGAAGAAAUUUUGAGCUAUCCAUUUCGAUUUAAACAACAAAUCGCAUUAACAAAGAAGGAAAAAGCGCGGUUAAGCAUACUAAUGGGAAACUACGGCAACGCGUAUAACGACAUUCGUUCAGCUCUAAACAUUCUCCCGCGGUAUUGCGAUUAUUUGAAGGCAGAUUUUUCGUUGAUAAGGAGUGAUGCUGAAAGAGGCCUAAAUCUGGUUAAUAGAUCAAAGGUGUCUUUGGAAACAGCUGAAAACAUUUAUCGAAAUAUUUUUGGUGACGACCAUCCAAUGGUUGCAGUCACUUUGCAAAAGCAGUGUUCUCUACAUUUGGAUUUCGAGCACAAAAGUAACACUGGCAAGAACGAAGCCCAUAAAUAUUUUGAAGCAAGUCACCAAGCUUGUGAAGUCCUUAAAAGUAACUUGGAGCAGCAGCUUGCCGGUAUCCAAACAGAUUUUCUCAGAAACUUCAGUUUUGACCAACACCCUAUUCUUAAACGACAGAAGUCGCUUCAUAAAAGGUUAACGCGCAAUCAAGGUGCUUGGUGAGCUGAGUAAAGACACUCCACCAAAGAAAAGGAAGACAAGAACAUUUCAACAACAGUUCACAGCAGUUUAUAGAGCCUGAAAACGAUUCCCUUUCUAUUCACCAAUUAUUGAUGUAACGAUAGUUCUGCUCUUUCGUUUAUUUCAUUAAUGAAACGACUAUUAGAGUCACUUUCUCAUGUCAUGGCUGCCUCACAUUACGCUUUUAUGUCCAGUGGUAAAGAUGAACCCAACUUGCAAUUUAUCAUAGAUUUCAUUCCGAUAGAAUAUACUCUUUUUGAACACUUAUAAAGUGAGAAAUCACGAUAAUCGUGAAUUCGUGUGAGUGGUGGAAAAGAGGUG